UAUAUACGAGAGCUCACGACGCCAGACAUUCUGUGGCGGCUCUGUCGCGGCCCAUCUGCGUUUCCGCGCGUCCUAAUGAAGCGGCCACCAUCGCUGCGGACAGCCGACGACGACGACCUGAUGUGCGUCUCGUGCCCAGUUCACAUAGCGCAUGCGCACACAUGCGCAGCGCACAUUGGCCAGGGGUAUAGACCGGACAGUGACACCUCCAUUCUGUAAAAGGAUGUUGAGAUGGAGACCUGUGUGACCUCUGGUGAGGGGACAUCAAGCUUUUUGGGACGCAUCAUCAUUGUGAACGAAGAGAACGGUGGAUUCCAGACAUCUCUUAAAGAAGAACCAAAGGAUGAAUAUGAAUAUUACUUGUGUGGAGAAACAUCAGACUCUGUGGACCAACAGAAUGAAGAAUACCAGAUUAAACUUCUAAAAGAGGAAGAAGAUGAAGCUGAAGAUGAAGACUACCUCUACUGUGAGAUUUGCAGAUCUUUUUUCAUCAAUAAGUGUGAGCUUCAUGGUCCACCACUCUUCAUCCCUGAUACACCUGUUCUUAUCGGGGUUUGGGACCGAGCCAGACAAACUCUUCCACCAUUUCUAAAAAUUAGGAAGUCUGACAUUCCAGAUGCAGGUCUGGGAGUGUUUAAUACAGGGGGCACGGUUCCAGUAGGUGUGCACUUUGGGCCAUAUGAGGGUGAGCUUGUGGACCAAGAGGAAGCCAUGAACAGCGGCUACUCCUGGGUGAUAUCCAACAGGAAACAGUGUGAGCAGUACAUUGACGCCAAGAGAGAGAUACACGCUAACUGGAUGAGGUAUGUGAAUUGUGCUCGUAAUGAUGAAGAACAGAAUUUGGUGGCUUUUCAGUAUCGAGGGGGAAUUUUCUACCGUUGCUCUCGACCCAUUGAACCAGGCCAGGAGCUGUUGCUGUGGUAUGAAGAGGAAUACGCCAAAGAUCUCAGCAUCACAUUUCACUACCUCUGGAAGAAAAAGUGCUUUGCAAAUGGAAUGAACAACAUGCAAGUGUUCUCCUGCUCCUUGUGUCCAGCAUCCUAUACUUCUCAAGUUUACUUUCACAAACAUGUCAGAAGAUGCCACUAUGAGGAGUAUUUGAGACUGCUGAAUUCAGGAGAGAUUAAGUUUGAGACUCUGAUGCCCAUGAGGAACUCCAGUAGUCAGCAGACAUCAUCUGGUUCUCUGGGCACUAACAGUUCUCAUGAAAAAAAACAACAAGAACUUCAUCACUGCUCAGAUUGUGGGAAAAGUUUUUCCGAGCUGAGUAUUCUCCAGUUACACCAGUGCAUUCCCACAGGGAAAAAAAUGCAUCAAUGUUCAUCGUGUGGAAAGAGUUUCAGUAACAAAGGAACUCUCAUAAGACAUGAACGCAUUCACACUGGAGAGAAGCCAUUCCACUGCGCACAGUGUGGGAGGAGUUUUACUCAAAAAAGUCACCUCCAAACACACGAGCGCAUUCACACCGGAGAAAAACCAUUUCAGUGCUCACACUGUGGGAAGAGUUUUAAUCACCAGAGUCAUCUCCAGCAACACCAACGCAUCCACACUGGAGAGCGGCCGUAUCAGUGCUCGCAGUGUGGUCGAGGUUUUACUCACCUCGGUCACCUCCAACAACACCAGCGCACUCACACUGGGGAAAAACCAUUUCAGUGCUCAGAGUGUGGGAAAAGUUUUAAUCACCAGAAUAAUCUCCAAACUCACCAGCGCAUUCACACGGGUGAGAAACCGUAUCAUUGUACACUUUGUGGGAAAAGUUUCAUUCACCAGAGCCAUCUCCAGUUCCACCAACACAUCCACACUGGAGAGAAGCCCUUUCAGUGCUCUGUGUGUGGAAAAUGUUUUAAUCGAGCUAGUCAUCUUCAGCAACAUCAGCGCACUCACACAGGCGAGAAACCGUAUCAGUGCUCUGUGUGCGGGAAACGUUUUACACGAAACACUCAUCUGCAAAAACACCAGCGCAAACACACACCAGAGACAGCAUAUUAAUGCUGCAUUAUGGACGCAGUUUCAAUUAUUCAAGAACGUGCACGUGCCCUAUCACACAGCUGACAGACUCAGCACGUAAAUAUAUCAAAUCCAGAAACAUGAUUUUAUUAUAUGUUUUCCAGAUUAAUGUGCUAAAUUAUGUAAAGCAUGUGUUGUGUAUUUGUAGGCUUGACCAAAAACACUUCAAUUUAUAUAGUCUUGUUGAAUGUCUAAUCCAUUUUAUGUUUUAGAUGACACCGGCACUUAUUCCUGCCUACGUAAGAAAUGUGUAUUUACACUAAUCAUAAACAAUAUGACAAUCCAAGUGAACUCAGUAUACCUAGUGAUAAAUGUAGCACGAUGUGAAAAACACGAUAAUUCUGUUAAUGUAUUCUAGAGGUGGCCAAUCUUAUCCAGUAUCAAAGAGACUGUUGUUCUUGGUAAUUCUUUUGUGGAUAAAAUUGUACAGUGAACAACAGCAUGUCUUCAAAUCUGACAGUGAGGGUGACGAUGGUGGAAAAACAACCUGGACGUCCUCUGAAUAUCAUGGAAGGAAUUUCUUAAUUAUCAUCAGGUCCUUCUCCAUAUUUGUCAAAGUUAAUAGAAAGCAGCAAGAAUACUUUUAGGAGUGUUUAUAAUUCUCAGAUUCUUCCAGAGGACAGUAGCAGUCAUUUCCUCAAAUUAAAAUUCAACAAUCCACUGUGACCUCCUCAUUCCUCGAAUAAUAAUCUCAGUGAUUUUUGUCCAUUUGCCUAUAAAUCAGCUUUAUACCGUGAUGCUAUCCUCUAGAUCACAGCUGUGUCCAUAUGAUCAGUGAUCAUGAAGUUAGUGAUUUUCCUGAUUAUUCAGUUGGUGCUCAACAGCCAUGUUCUUUUGUAAUCUGGAAUAACAAGCGUGAUGACCUUCAGUUGGGUUUCCAGAAGCAUUCUAAGACCAUGGUUCAGUCUGGGUUUUGAUGGACAUGAGUUUAACACUCCUCACCUUGAUGUUGUUUACGGGAAUGGUUUGGGUCCAUGCUUUUUGUUUCUCCUGUUUAGCUAUUUAGUUGUCAAUCUCAUUCCUCUCAAGUUUUCCUCCUCAUGACAGCUCUGGCUUGUGAAGCUGCUUUGUGUCUAUUGUUAAAAGCACUAUUUAAAUUGG